AAGCUUUUGCAGUAGGAGCAUUCAUAAUCUGGCUCUCCAGGAGGAUGGGACUUUGUGGGCUUGGGGUAAUAACGAAUAUGGACAACUUGGAACUGAAGAUACUCAACCUAGAUCACAACCUAUACCUGUCCAAGGACUAUCUGAUCUCACUUGGUUGAUAUUGCUGCUGGUGGAUGGGCAUUCCACUGCAUUGACUGAUGAUGGAGAGGUGUAUGGUUGGGGAAGAGGGGAACAUGGGAGGCUCGGGUUCGGAGAUAACGACAAGAGCAGUAAAAUGGUGCCACAAAGAGUUUCAACUUUUAGCUGGGGAGGAUAUUGUUCAGGUAUCUUGUGGUGGAACACAUUCGGUUGCAUUAACACGUGAUGGGCGCAUGUAUUCGUUUGGACGAGGUGACCAUGGACGCCUGGUUAUGGCCGCAAGUUUAACGACAGGUCAACCAAUGGAAGUCCCUAUCAAUCUGCCAGCUCCGAAAAGUGUUGGCGGAAGUGGUGGUGAAGGGCAUUUGAUCUCUAAACUUGUUGCUUGCGGAGGCCGUCAUACGCUUGCUAUAGUCAUACGCUUGCUAUAGUCAAAUGGAAGGCGGAUGAAUCCAAGCCAUAAGUCAAGAAUCUUAUGUAUAUAUAUAGCUUGAUGACUGAGGAACAACAAAAGAAAUUAUAUUUAGGUUUGGAUGAAGUUUUCAUUGGAAAGAAUGAUAUGAGGAAUAAAUAAACCUUUACAUUCACUUAAAUUGGAUGCUAAUGUUUAUUGAUAUAUUUGAAGGUUU